UCGCGAAGGAGAGAGCCGAGACGAUCCACAGACCCGAUGCCUGCGUGCUGGUUACAAUUCAAGAUCAAAGUUGGGAAGCUAGAAAAAUAACUGGUACAGAAAGAACUUGGAGCAGAGUGUAAUCAGAUAAGACCACUGAACCAGAUCUCCUCUGCAUGAUAAUGAGUCACCAUCACUACAGAUUUUACACGCUCUGGAGUGAAAGAAGAAAAAAAAAGCAUUCAGUCAUCUGAGGAAAGUUGUAGAACACAGGUGGAGAACGAUUCAUGAUUUGUGGACUUCAAUUGCAGAAUUCCUGAGCCAGUCAUUGUUCCCCAUCCCUAUCGUAGAAGAUUGCAGGCAAAACUUCAUGGGUCAGAAAUCUGGGCAUCCCAAGGAAAAAAGAUCUCCCAAGCUGUAUGGUUAUCAGAUUUUAGUACCAGAAGAACAAGAAGAAAGCAACGAGAAAGAAAGCAACGAGAAAGAAAGCAACGAGAAAGGAAACAACAAGGAUUUGGAAAAGAUUAGCAAGCAGUUUGAUGAAAUCCUUGGAAUGGCCGACUCAAGAAAUGGUGCUGUUGGCUUAUACAACAUUGGAUUGAACUGCUGCGUCAACUCAUUGCUUCAAAGCUUCUUAAUGAACAGAUACUUCACUUCGUUACUCCGGAGGAUCAGUGUACCAUUUGGAACAGCAGAACGGAAGGCCAAUGUCCCUUAUCAAAUGCUUCUGCUGUUGGAGAGUAUGCAGCGGGCCAAGGGGAAGUCCGUGCACCCUUUUGACCUUAUCUACUGCCUUUCUCGUCAUGGUGUGAGAUUGUUUGUUCUCCACGAUGCUUCAGAAAUCUAUUACAAAAUCUGGAACCUACUUAAAAGCCAAAUCACAAACACAGACCUGGUUGAAAGAUUGACUGAUCUGUAUACCAUCCGUUUGCAAGAGUUCCUGAUGUGCCAGAAAUGUUCCCAUGAAAUAAAGAUAAACAAUAACCAGCUAAUGCUACAUCUUCCAAUGUUUGAUUUUGAUUCUCAUCAGAUUGUUGACUUGGAAAAUUCACUCCACUGCUUUUUCAGACCAGAGCAAUUAACUAGAGAAAAUAUAUGUCACUGUGAGAAGUGUAACAAGAAAACACCAUGUCUGAGGAGGGUGAAAAUAAUGAAUUUGCCACAGAUGUUGACGCUACAUCUCGUUCGCUUCCGUUCUAAAGAUGGCAACAGAACUAAGAAAGUCACACAUAGUUUGGCUUUCCCACCAGAGCUAAAUUUUAGCCAGAUCUUGACAUCAGAACAGUAUCAACCAGAUGCUAAAAAGAAGAGUGAUGGGUUGUAUGAUCUCUUCGCGGUGAUUGCCCACUCGGGACCAGCUGACUUUGGUCAUUAUUGUGCCUAUAUCUGGAGUCUCACCGAAUCCAAGUGGUAUUGCUUCAACGAUUCCAGUGUUUGUGAGGUAUCCUGGGAUGAUAUCAAAUGUACUUACGGAAGGCAGUCUCUCCGUUGGGGUGAAACUGCCUACCUUCUGGUUUACAUGAGAAAAAAUAGCACAUCACUCUGAAUGGGAAUGAAGACUUAUGGUAACUGGGAAAGCUCCCAUUUACACUUCCCAAAUAAACGGAACCCAGCAAGUUGAACCCAUGUCUAUCAUCAUCAGUAAAUGAGCAUGCACAUGAAAAAUGCACUUUAAGCCCUCGAGAAAAUGAGUGCAUAAGCAAAAGAAUGAAUUUCUUUCCAAAUAGUUCUGGAAAGCUUCCCAUAACUCCUUGGGGGGGUUCUCUUUCUAGAGCAGGGGUCUCCAACCUUGUCAACUUUAAGCCUGGCGGACUUCAACACCCAGAAUUCCCCAGCCAGCUUUGCUUGGAGACCCCUGUUCUACAGUGAUCACAUUUUAUUAAUUGGCAUAGGAAUAAGUAUUUCUACACAAGAGUAAUAUAUAUUAGUGUGUCUGUUGGAAAUGAAAUGAUAUACUUGAAUUGCAUUCUGAGUGACCUGAGUAAUUUGCUUUCUCUUUAAGGGGACAUAAUUUUAUAUGAUGAUUAAUUACCAGUUACAGUCCUAGGAAUUGUAAGAUGCUGCAAUUGAAAAAGAGAUUCUUAUAUCUGCUUAAAUUCUGUCACAUUGUAAAAUAGAAGAACAUUUGGAGGAUAUAUUUAUUAGAGCCAAGAGUUUGCAAUUUGCUAUAUAUUUCAACAUCAGUCAUACUAUGAGGCCUUCUCUGCUUAUAUGAUUAGUGUGUUAAUUUCAUGUAUUUUAUGAUGUGUUUUAUUAUAGCCACUCAUGCAAGAAACUCCUUGGAAUGGGGAAAUGACACUUUUUAAGAAAUGAAUGGUUACUUGAUCUACUUCAGGUUUUCUUGGACAUGUUCAUAAGACUGACAAAUGAGUAAUGUGGUAUAAAGAGAACCAGCUGGCUAGAAAGUUAUGUACUUGGGUUGGUGAUGGAAUAAUAAUUAGUUGCUCUGGAUAGCAAGCAUAUAAAUUUAAUAAAAAUAAAAUAAGUUAUCAAAUUCUGGCUAAGAUAACAAAGAAUUUCUGUCUACAACACAUGUAUUUUAUUUUAUUUCAGUUUGUAUGAAAAAUCUAGGAAUGCUUUAUAUAAGCCAAUUGUUUAUAAAUUAUCAGUAUCAUCAACUUGUCAUUGGUGUAUUUAUGAAUAAUGUUAUGUUUUAAUUAUGUUUUCCUGCUUGGAAUAUAAAGUAUUCUAUGUUAUGAAGUAGUUAAGUAGUUGUUGGAUUACUGUUCUCUUCUUUGAACGCUAAAAUGUCGUUUUAGGAAAAUGUGUCAGUUUUUAUGCUACAACUGCUAAGACUUUUAAUGGGACCAUUCUGAUUGAAUGAUGGAAAAUAUAAGGAUUUACAUUCCUUGCAGUCAUUCUCUACCACUCAGUCAGAACUGAAGAAGCUUCUUGGAUGAGAAGUGAAAUGUCUUCAAGGAAAAACAAAGGAAGUGCAAUUGCCUCUUGAAAAAGCAUCUUUGGGAUAACCAUGACCAGGAUGACAGAAUCUCCAUUGUCAGAUAGAAAUUGUAGUUCUGUCUCAUCUGUUGAAUAAACUUCUGAUCAUCACCGGUCUUGAAGAAAAAAUGCAUUGGAUCAACAAUAGCUUUAAAGCAAGAUCUUCAGGAUAACCUUUCCAUUUCAUGCAAGCUUAUGAAACAUAUCUAUAUAUUUGCAACAGAUCAAUAGAUGUGAAGAAAGAUUCAUCUACCUUUGGGCAUGCAACUGUUAAAAGAUCAGGAUCUCUGCUACAGAAAAGAAAACCACUCCUGGGGCAUGGUUUCUUAUCUGUACUUUAUAUAGUCUCUACUUUAAUAAGUGUUUUCUCUAGAUUAGCAGAAAGAGUUAAUCAUAGCAUACUAUUAUAUCGAUGAGAAAUCACUGAUGGGGCAGAUCUAAUAAAAAUGGAAUUAAGGAUUGUAGCAGAUCAUAGAUCAGUUUUAAUUCAAUUAUGGAAUAUUGAGGUAUGUUUGGACUUUGGAAAAUCCAAAUUGAAAAUAUUCUAAACAUAAUUAGUACAAUCCAUGGUUAUAUUAAUCAAUGUAAGAAAUUCUAGAGAACGAUAUUAAUCGGAUCUGGAUACAGGUUUCUUCUCCAUAUUUAUGUUCAUGUAAUGAUCCAUUGGCAAAGUAUACAGGCCAAAUCUAACCUUACACAUUCAAGGUUGGGAGAAAAGCUCAUACCGAGAAAAUGUUUUGCUGAAACAAGAAGAGAACAUCCACAGGUGCUUCAUCUUGGUCACAAAACAACAAACUCACUGGUGACAUUUGACUGAAAGGAUGUCCAGGUAUACUAGAUGUCUUGGAUCUUCUUCCUGCUGCUGCAAAGGAGACCUCAUUCAUUAAGCAAGCUGGACUAAGAAAUCUAGAACCACAUUAUUUCCAAUGGAUUAACAGCAGAGGGCAGCCUAAGAACUAGACAGAGAAAUUCCACCCCCCCCCCCACUUUUAGUAUAAAACAAUUAGCUUUAGAAAUGUAUUGCAUGGGAGAAGAGAAUUUUGGCUAAAUUUUCUUGGGUGGAAUGGGGUGUUCUUGCACAUAUCCAAUAUCAGAUGAUAAAGAGAUGAUUUCCAUUUUCUUUCUAUGUAUUAAAUUUAUUUAUAUCCCA